GAAAAUGUUCUCAUCCUAGUCUGUGUUUCUGUUUUGGUGAACUUGGGAGAGAUUUAGCAGUUUUGCUUUUUAUAUUUUGUCUCUUAAAGAUCUCAUCAAAACAAAGAUGCAGUCACAAUAUUGUACUUUGUUUAGAGAUUCUUCAUUUCCAAUUUAAAUAUAAAUUGAUAUAAUCUGUGUCUGCAGGUGUGUUUGGUGCUGAAGUGAAGUCGGUGUCAGUGAUGGAGGGAGAUUCUCUUACUCUACACACUCAUCUUACUGAAAUACAGACAGAUGAUCAGAUACAGUGGUGGUUUAAAACUCGCAUAGCUACAAUCAAUAGAGCAGCUGAUGAAACAUCAAUAAAUGAUGAUGUUCUUGAUGGGAGAUUCAGAGACAGACUGCAAUUAAAUAAUCAGACUGGAGAUCUCACCAUCACAAACAUCACAGCUCAACAUAGUGGACUUUAUGAACUGACCAUCAUCAUCAUGAGGAAGGGUACAGUGACUACAAACAAAUUCAAUGUUACUGCAUAUGAUCGUCUGCCCAUUCCUGUCAUCUUCAGUAGAGUCUCUUCAUCAUCAUCAUCAUCAUCAUCAAGCUCAAAAUGUGUGCUGUUGUGUUCAGUGACGAAUGUGAGGGAUGUGAGUCUGUCCUGGUACAAAGGAAACAGUUUAUUGUCCAGCAUCAGUGUGUCUGAUCUCAACAUCAGCAGCAUCUUUCUUCAUCUGAAGUGUCUGGAUGAUUCUUACAGCUGUGUGGUGAACAAUCCAAUCAGUAAUCAAACUCAACAUCUCAACAUCACUGAUGUCUGUCAGCCGUGUUCAGGUGAGUCACAGGUGAUGUUUGUGUUUAUUCAUUCACUUCAUCUCUGUUUCAUAUUUUUUUCUCUUUCCUCAGAUUGUAUCAGCUGUUGUGAUACGACUGAAGCUGUGACUCGAUUGGUCGUCUCUGCUCUGGUGGGCGUGGCUGCUGUUGCUGCGUCUGUUGUUUUGAUUUAUGACAUCAGAUCCAGAAGAGAAGAACAGAAGAGAAGUUCAUAGACAUCAGCAAACACAUUUCAUGAUAGAGAUGAAUGACACGCCCUCUAGC